AUGUCCGAUCCGGCCCCCCCGACUCGGUCGUCGAUCUUCUCAUCAAGGCUUUCGCCCACCCUCCACACCAAGCUGGCAACAGCUAGGAUCCCUGUCGACAGUCUCAGCCGCACCGCCCCCAGUCGGCUCGAACAGACCGCCCUGCCCAAUAUCGGCCUCAUCGAGCUCGUCUCGGCCGCCGACUUCACGCGGUACUAUGACAGACUGUACACGACCAUGUUCCCUCGGCGCGCAGAGCGCGAACGGUCCGACUUGAUCGUCGACCGGCUCACCGCCCAAGCGCGAGGCGAGAGAGUCGGGCUGGCGCCGUACCGCAUCGUCGGGAUCAGGGACCCCGUCUCCGGCGAGGCCAUCGGCGCGGCUCACUUCUCUGUGCUUCCGUUGCCGAGCAGUGGCAGUGAUGGGAACGUGACAUGCGACAGUACAUGUAAGGACGCGGACAAGAGCCAAGACCGAGAAUCCGGCUCCAGCUCCAGCUCCCGCGAUGGCCAAAGCGAAGCCUCCAACUGGGCCGUCCCGUAUUUGCAGUAUAUCUACGUCCGGCCCCAGAAUCGGCGCCAGGACAUGUCGGAGGUUCUGCACACCAUGAUUCUCGCGGUGGCCGCCGCGGACGCCGCGCCGCAUGGCAGAACCGUGCCGUUCACCUUGUUCGAGACCGAACCGCCCGACCACGGCGACGACACGGCGAGCCGGGCGUAUGCUCGUGAACGGUCCAAGAUCCACACCAGCACCGGAGGGCUGGCGUUGAUGCUGCGGAAAAAUGAUCAUACUGGACAUGUCCUCAGCGCCCACGUCCAGCCGGGCUUGGAGCCAGACGAUCCUCCCCUGACAUUGGUGUGGGUCAUUCGCCAAUCCCCGAAUCCUGGUCGCCCGUACCAUGUCAACACCAUCGGCAAACACCUCAUCGCUGCGUACUAUCAGAGUCUGCGUGACGAGGGCUUUCCUGAAGAGAACAUCAAUCUCGCCGAAAGGAUGGUCGAGGCGAGAUGUACAGACAGCGUUUUCCAUUUAAUGCCUCUCGGUGAGGUAACCCACUUGAGUGGCCACGUCUACUGCGAAACCGAAACAGAUGGCUGA